AAUUGACAUGUACGCGGAAGGGACGAUGGACCUGAUGGGCCUUAUUUUGUACUACCCUUUUUCUUCACCCAAGGAAAAGGAGAAGCAACUUGCUGCGUUUAUCGAAAAGGCCGAGACCAGGUACCUCCCAGUCUAUGAAAAGGCUCUGAAACAUCAUAACCAAGAAUUCCUAGUUGGUAAUCAUCUCAGCUUGGCAGAUAUACAAUUGCUUGAAGCAAUUUUAAUGUUGGAAGAGAGAAAAGCUGAUAUUCUUACACCAUUCCCUCAACUAAAGGCUUUCAAAGCAAGGAUAAGCGCUUUCCCCACCAUUAAGAAAUUCCUAGAACCUGGAAGUCAAAGGAAACCCAUCGCUGAUGAUGCUUAUGUGGCUACUGUGCUGAAGGUUCUUCAGUUGAAGUUCUCGUAACAUCAUAUCUGCUUGCCAGAGCAUCAGAUAAUCAGACCCAGCACAAGCCAACAAGAAUUCCAUCUGGCUGCAAGGGAUGCACCCCAAUCCCCAAAGGGUUCCUUUUAUUACUUAACCUCAGAUAAUGGUGCAUCUCCCACCGAGCAUCCCCACAGUUGUUUAUCAUGGCACAGUGCUGCCAGAUGUGCUAAAGCCAUGGAGCUUGCCUAGCUCUUCUUUUUGUUACCUAAAAGCAAAAGAUUAUCUGCUGGGAUCAAAAAUAAUAAAUGACUUACUCUUUGGUGCACAUAGUUAAAGUGUAUUAAAUUCUUGCAUUCAAACAAUUUGACAUAAAUGUUUUCUUUCACCUGGAAAAUGAUCAUUCAUUCAUUCAUUCAUUCAUUCAUGUUGCUUACAGACAUAGAAUCAUAGGACUGGAAGAACCCAUUAUCUUCAGUACUAUAAUACAAAUUGUUUGUUUAAAU